GCCGACCUGCCGGGGGUGGCUGGGGGGCUGUCAUUCAGUGCGCGCGGCGGCCGCGCGGAUCCGCCCCCGUGUGAGAGCCACCAUCAGCAAGGACAGAUAUAUCCUCAUAUAUCCCGGGCUGCGAGCUCCCCAGUCCUAACAAACACACGCACACGGAAAAAGGAGCGACGUUUGCUCAUUUUUAAUCCGAGCGCUCUGACUUGACGGGCAGGAUAAACCAGCGAUGGAUGAGCUUCAGGAUGUGCAGCUGACAGAGAUCAAGCCCCUGCUGACGGACAAGAAUGUCCGGAACUUCCAGGAUGUCGACUGUCAGCCUCCGAACUCUGAAUUUUUCCAGCUCGCUGAAAACAUGGCAGCUGUCAUAGACCAUAGCCAGAGCAUCUUCAGCCUGGAAGUAGUGGAGCAUGACAUCGAAACUCCCUACGGAGUUCUCCAUGUGACCAUGAGAGGAACCGCAAAGGGCAACAGACCGAUCAUCCUCACCUACCAUGACAUUGGCCUCAACCACAAGUCUUGCUUCAACACCCUCUUCAACUUUGAGGAUAUGCAGGAGAUCACCCACCACUUUGCUGUGGUCCACGUGGACGCUCCUGGCCAGCAGGAAGGCGCUCCCCCAUUUCCCGCUGGGUACCAGUACCCCACCAUGGAUGAGCUUGCUGAAAUGUUACCCUCUGUGUUAACUCACCUGAAGGUGAACAGCGUGAUCGGCAUUGGUGUGGGAGCUGGGGCGCACAUCCUGUCCAGAUUCGCGCUGAACGAGCCCAGCUUAGUGGAGGCGCUAGUCCUGAUCAACGUGGAUCCGUGUGCCAAGGGCUGGAUGGAUUGGGCAGCCUCCAAGCUCACCGGUUGGACCAGCAACCUGGUGGACAUUGUGAUGAGUCAUCAUUUUAGCACCGAUGAGCUGACCAACAAUGAGGAGAUCAUCCAGACGUACCGUCUGCACAUCGCCCAAGACAUCAACCAAGACAACCUCGCUCUCUUCUACACCUCAUACAACAGCCGCCGGGACCUGGAGAUUGAGAGACCCGUCCCUGGUCUGAAUGAAGAUGAGGUGAACACCCUGAAGUGUCCCGCACUCUUGGUUGUUGGGGAUUCGUCACCAGCUGUGGAGGCAGUGGUUGAAUGCAACGCCAGGUUAAAUCCAACAAAAACCACUUUUCUGAAGAUGGCUGACUGUGGUGGACUGCCCCAGGUCGUCCAGCCAGGCAAACUUGCAGAGGCCUUCAAGUACUUUGUCCAAGGAAUGGGCUACAUGCCCACCGCCAGCAUGACCCGUCUAGCACGUUCCCGAACCCACUCCACCUCCAGCAUGGGCUCAGGAGAGGGCGCUCGUGGCCGCGCCCACACCGACACGCUGCUGGAGGGGGGCGCUGCAGUGGGUCACAACAACCAGGCCGCACCCCAGACCACAGAGGUGUCCUGCUAAACUUCCUCGGUGCUCCCUCUCUCUCUCUCUCUCUCUCUCUCUUCCUUUUUUGCUUCACUCCUUCUACCCCUUAUCCUUUUUUUCCACUCUCUUCCUGAGCUGAAAGGCGUGGGACACAUUUAAGGGAAACUUCAAGAGGGAAAUGAAUCCAUGCCUUUUCCCAACCAACCAAGUCUCAGUUUUCAUAUUUUCUGUGUAUGCAUGCCUGGUGUGGCAAGACAAUAACAGGCCUUCGAAGUGUUUGUGAAAUUUUCUUCUUUGGCUUUUAUUUUGUCAUCUUUUUUGAGGGUUAUGCUGUUUUGAAGUUGUUCUUUUCUUUUGUACUAAUGAGUCCUUAUGUGUUUUCUUCUGACAGUAGGGGUUGGGGGCUGCCGCAGUUCAGACAUUGAGGUCUUCCUCGCUGUUGUACAGACCAGGCCGAACUGCCCUUAGUAAUCUCGACUUUUCUUAUUUGCAUAUAUACCCUAAUGUUAUUUUUCUUACUUUUUUUUUUUAAAGUAUUGUAGUGAUUCGUGAACAUACUUUGCCGACCGCAUGUCCCUGUCGUAGAAGCAAGGUUACUACUUUGUAUUUAAAGGACAAUGGUUCUGUUUGGUGAUAUUUUAGAGCAUUUUUUUUUCUUGUCUAUUUUUUUUUUUUUUGUUGAUUUUUCAGGAAAGUCCAGAACCGUCUGCAAAUACCCAUAUGAUGCGCAUAGCAGUACGGUACAAACUGGCACCUUGUUCGUGGCAGCGUCUUUGAGUGCGGACGUGCAUGCAUGCAAAACCACCCGCUGCAUAUUUACGAACUUCACCGUAUUGCUCAGAAAACAAAAAACCCACAAAGGACAGCUUGUUACUUGUCUUAUUAAGUAUUAUCAGAUUUCAUAAAAUGAUGAAAUACUGAGGCAUGCCACAGUCACCAUAAGGGGAAAUGUACACAAACAUCGCUCAUUAAACACCGCCAUGUCUGCAAUGCAUCAACCGAAGCAACAGGAAAUUCGCGCCACGGCUUAAGUUGUAAAAUUGUGGGCAGGAUGAGGCCGGUCAACCUGUCUUGCUAAAACCUCUAUAUAUUUUUAAGUGAAGUCUAGUAUUUUUACAAAAGCGCAUCUUGACACAUUAUCUUAUAAGCGUGAACUGCGAAUAAAAAAUUAACUCGGCACAGCUAUGGUGACACAGCGAUUUCUCCUCUCCCUGGACUGUUCAAUGUAAACAGUAACAGUAAGCUUUGUGGUAAUCCCCAUUGCUAGUCUCACUUAAUUUAUGUGGCAUUUGUUCAUUUUUUUGUUUUAUUUCGACACAAUUCCUCUUGUGAAUAAUUAAAUGGCUCUUUGGGGCAUAUUCCCUGCUCUUCUUGGAUGGAUUUUUUAUUAUUUUUUUGGGGAUUUUAACAUUGGUUUAACCCUGCUGUGACGCAGAAACGUAGUUCUGUCUUCUAAACAGGCAACAGGUUUUUUUUUUUUCCAUCCGUUUGCUGAUUAUUAUAAAACUUUGAGAAAAAUCAUUUGUACUGAUUAUAAAAAUAAACAUAGCAGUUGUACAUUA